AUGGCAGUCCAAAGAUCAAAGGUUGUUUCCUUACUCACGACUUGGGCGAGGAUCUCCUUCGACAAGGAGUUCAGAAGAUGGCUCAGGACUUGCUGGUCCUUCGAGACCCACUGCGCAUAUAGAGGGUUGGGCUCUGUGGUGGUGCUUUUUCCCGUCUGCUGCGUCUACACCGUCUUCGGUGGCGCGGCGUCGGUUCCGUCAAGGAGGCCGGUGACCUGCGCUCCUCGCAGGCCAGGCAUGACUUGGGAUUUCCAUAGGAUGAAGUUUGUUUUGGUGAGUUUCUCGGCUGGUGGAGCUCCUAGGUUUAGGGUGAUGGUUGCCGAGGUGGAGGACAUGGCGAAGCCUCAGGUAGGAGCUUUGUUAGGAUUGGCUGCUAUCAAAGAGUGCUUAGAUCCUGUAGUCAUCCUCCCAUUGUACACUUCUGGUAUAUGUUGGACAUUGGUGUACGAUACCAUAUAUGCACGUCAGGACAAAGAAGAUGACCUCAAAGUAGGUGUCAAGUCCACAACAUUGAGGUUUGGGGAUUCGACCAAGCAAUGGAUCAGUGCCUUCGGCACAAUGCCGAACUUGGUGCUCAUCACUCAGAGUGUCAUGUUAUGUUGGUCAUUGCCCUACUACCCUCUUCUGACAGCUGCAGCUGCCCAUUUGGCAUGGCAGAUAUCAUCUGUUGACUUAUUUCACCGCGCAGAUUGCAACAGGAAGUUUGUCUCAAAUAAGUGGUUUGGAGCAUUGGUGUUCAGUGGAAUUUUGUUUGGGCGACUUGCAUCAUGA